GUUGAGCUCCAAGUUUUCUCGCCAGGCGUUUGACAAGCAUCGCAGACGAAAGCACGCCAGAGUUCCAAAGCAACAGGAGGACGCUUUCUGAAACGGCGGCUGGGGAGGAUCACCAAACGAGGCAGCAACAGCAGCCGCUAAGAUGAACGGGUCAGCAGCAACGACCAGCAACGCGACGCUCGAGGACCAAUUCGAGGACCUCGAGAUUGACUACUCUGACAUCGAAGCCAAGUAUGCCGUCGACGUACACGAGACCCUCGACGAUGUCAUCGUAAUCGACGGCGUGCCCUCCGUUGGCAAGGACCGCGAGGCGAAGCUGCUCGAGACAGUCGCCAAGCGGUUUAAGCAGUAUGCAGGCUUGGAUGUUAACAUUGCGUCGAUGCAGCUUCCCUACGACGAUGACGGCAAGAGCAAGGGGUACAUGUUCAUCGAAAUGAACUCUGCCCAGGACGCGACCACUGCCAUUAAGCUUAUGGACCAGUACCCAUUCGACAAGAAGCACCGGUUCUUCGUGAACCGCUUCACUGACAUCGAGAAGCUCGCCAACCUUGACGAGACAUACUCGGAGCCGGCCAUCGAGGCAUUCAAGGAGAAGGAACACCUGCGCAGCUGGCUCGCCGACUCACGCGGUCGCGACCAGCUCGUUAUGUGCCAAAACGAGAGCGUCAGCGUUCACUGGCACCAGCGCACCGGCUCGCCCCAAGAGAUCCAAAAGCGUGAGCGAUGGACAGAGAGCUACGUCUCGUGGUCACCUCUUGGAACCCUCCUCGCCACGUUCCGUAUCCAGGGCGUCACCCUGUGGGGCGGGCCCGCCUUUUCGCUCUAUCAGCGCUUUGCCCACCCCGGUGUCCGCCUGAUUGACUUCUCGCCCAACGAAAAGUACAUCGUUACUUGGUCUCCACAGCCGAUUGUCGUGCCCGAGAACAUGCCGCAAGGUCCGCAGUACUUCGCACCACAGGAUGAAGGCAACCGCGUCGCCGUUUGGGACGUUGGGACAGGCCACCUGCUGCGCACGUUCCCCGUCUCGCCGGAUGAAGGCUCGAACGCUGGCGGGUCCGGUGCAAAAGGGUUCACCUGGCCCUUCCUCAAAUGGAGCGGCGAUGACAUGUACUGCGCGCGCAUCGUUCCCGGUAAGAAGAUCUCCGUAUUUCAGCUGCCGACGAUGGGCUUGCUGGAGAAGAAGUCGAUCGAGAUCGAGGGCGUCGUCGACUUUGAAUGGUGCCCGCUCGGCGACAAGGACAAGGACGCGAUCGAGGCUUAUGAGAAUGCCGUCAAAGAGGCCAAGGAGGGCAAGGUGGCCGUCAAGAAGCCAAAGGAUAACAUGCUUGUCUUUUGGGUCCCCGAGGUGGCCAACCAGCCGGCGAGAGUGUCCGUGAUGAGCAUCCCGACAAGAGAGAUUCUCCGCACCAAGAACCUCUUCAACGUCUCGGAUUGCAAGCUGCACUGGCAUCCGCAAGGAGAUUACCUCUGCGUCAAGGUCGACCGCCACACUAAGACCAAGAAGAGCAUGUUCUGCAACCUCGAGUUGUUCAAGAUGAGGGAGAAGAACUUGCCGGUUGAGGUCAUUGAACUGAAGGAUCCCGUGACGGCCUUCGCAUGGGAACCGCAGGGCUCGCACUUUGCGCUCAUCUCCUCCAACGACCCUAACCUGGGUGCUGCUGCGCCGGGCAUCACGAUCAAGACGCAGAUCAACUUGUACUACUACGACACCAAGAAGGGCGAUUUCCGCUCGCUCAAGGUGCUAGACAACAAGACGUCCAACACACUCUACUGGUCGCCCAAGGGCCGGCACCUCGUCGUCGCAACGAUGGGCUCAAGCCAGAAGUUCGACUUGGAGUGGUACGACGUCGACCUCGGCUAUGAGCAGCGCCAGGGCCAGCCGGCCAACGACCCGGCGGAGGAGGUGAAGCAGAUCGGCGCAGGCGAGCACUACGGCAUCACCGAUCUAGAGUGGGACCCGAGCGGCCGCUACGUCAUCACGAGCGCGUCUGUGUGGAGGCACACCAUGGAGAACGGCUACGCCAUCUGGGACUGGCGCGGCAACGAGCUGCAGAAGCACGUGCUGGAGCGCUUCAAGCAGAUCCUCUGGCGUCCGCGCCCGCGCACGCUGCUGAGCAAGGAGCAGCAGAAGGCCGUGCGGCGCAACGUGCGUGAGAUCGGUAAGCAGUUCGAGGAGGAGGACGCGGCGGAGGAGAGCAACGCGGCGCUGCAGCAUCGCGAGCUUUACCAGCGCAAGCUCGACGAAUGGAAGGCGUGGCGACAGGCCAACCUCGCGGAGCUCAACGAGCGCCGCGUCGACGCUGGUCUCGAGCCUGUCGUCACGGUGCACGAGCAGCUGCAACAACAGCACGUGGAGGAGUCACAGGAAUGGAUCGAAGAGGUUCUCGAGGAGACUACCGAGGAGGUGGUCGAGUAAGGAUUGUUCCGGGACCCUCUCGCAAAACGAAUGGGGCAUGUGGGCAUCACAACUCCCUGUACUGCAGCGAUAUGCCCAUGAUGCUAUUGUACGAUUCUACAUUCGCUUCGAUCUCGAAACAACAGCAAAAGUGUGCGUCUAUCGUCCUGUCCCGUCUGCACUGCGUCAUGCCAUGCCACUCGCGGGCAGUCUGGUCGAUGCACACAUAAAAUGAUAGAUAUCAUUUCUCCCAAUAGAUCGCGCAACAAGCAAGUCAGCUAGCCAGCC